CUAAGUAGUAAGUACUAACGCAUAAAGAUACCAUUAUACUCCAUCCAUUUGAUUCGCCUCAAUUAAUUAUUUUUUAUUGGAGCUUUUUUUUGUCAAAUGGAUCGACUAAAUUUGUAUACAAUGAAUGAGAGUAUGAGACUUGGUCACUCAUACUUGGAAAUUUGAGACUCCAAAUUUUGAUAUAGUCUCUUCUCUUCCUGUGGACCAACACAUUACUACAAUUGCAGAAAUCCAGCCAACACUUUCAUCUUGAAAUACUCCAUUAAAGUAUCUCAAUCUUCCCUUCUUUUUCUUCAUUUCACAAUACUCACACUACUAAUGUUGUUCUUUUAUGCAUUUUUUCAUCAUUUAUCCCACUUUUGAAAAAGGGUCUUGUUCAUACUAUUCAACUCUUCUUUCAAUCAUCUUUGGAGAACUCAGUGUGAUAGAUCUAGCUGCUUUAAGAAGUAAAAGUAGGGAUUUGGGUUUUCAAAGGAGUGAAGUGGGCCCAUCAAAUUCAUGGGGGGUUAUGAAGCUGAGCUUCCUGCAAAAAAUGCAGAAGGAGACCUUAUUGCAGCUGCUCAGCAUAUUGUUGCAGCAUUAGGGACUAAAAAAUUGUUAUCUCAAGAUGAGAGGAAGAUUCUGGUUGAUCUUCGUGCACAAUUGACCACUAUGACUAUGGUUGAUGAUCCGAAGACUGUUAAUGAGUCUAUUAUAAAGGGUGUUAGUGAGACUGAACAGUAUCUGAGUGUAAUUUCUGAUAAGAUCAUGAAUCGGGUUUCGGACGAAUCUAUGAUAUGGGAUUCUGGUCCUGAAGAUGUUUCUGAGUACCUAAAGGCGGUCGAUGAAGCACGCGCAUUGACCGAGAGAUUCGAGAGUUUAUGUUUGAGUAAGGAUGAUGAAGAAGUUGAGCUUUUAAGGAAAGCUCAUGAUGUUCUUCAGACUGCAAUGGCUAGACUCGAACAAGAGUUUGAGCACAUAAUAGUUCAGCAUAGCCAACCUUUUGAGCCGGAACACAUGUCGUUUCGCUCUAGUGAGGGAGAUGGUGCGGUUGGUAGUCCGUAUUCGUUGGAUGAUGACCCUUUGGAGGAUUCACUUCAAAGAGAGUCUGUUGGCAAAAACUUGGAAGAUUUCAUUGUCGAUUUAGUGCACCCGGAUGUAAUUCCGGACCUGAAAUGUAUUGCUAAUUUGAUGCUCGUCUCUAAUUAUGACCGAGAAUGUUCACGGGCAUUUGUUAAUUCUCGAAAACAUGCCCUUAGUAGAUGCCUCUUUGCCCUCGAAGUUGAGCCUCUAAGCAUAGAUGAUGUCCUCAAGAUGGAAUGGGCGAGCUUGGAUUCCCAAAUCAAGCGAUGGGUUUGGGCUUUUAAGAUCUUUGUGCGGGGCUAUCUUGCAAGCGAGAAGAGGCUAAGCGAUGAGAUAUUUGGUGGGUUUGGCUCGUUGAGUGAUUUGUGUUUCACUGAUUUAUCGAAGGCUGCUUUUAUGCAGAUGUUAAGUUUCGGAGAUGCUGUGGCUGUGAGCCCUCGGCAGCCUGAAAAACUGUUUCGAGUCCUUGAUAUGUACGAGGUUUUAGUUCAACUCCAACCCGAUAUAAACUCCUUGUAUACUGAUAAGGCUGUUAGGGAUGAGUUCUGUGAGGUUUUACGGAGAUUAGGUGAUGCAGUAAGGGCGACUUUUCUCGAAUUCAAGAACGCAAUUGCCACCAAUGCAUCGGUCAAUCCAUUUGCCGGUGGUGGGACCCAUCAUCUAACGAAGUACGUCAUGAACUACCUCAGGCUCCUCACUGAUUACCGAGACACUCUAAAUCAGAUCCUUGAAGACGCUGAAAGAGACGAAUCACUUUCUCCAUCAGCCGAAUCUGUUGCAUUUACCGAUGAACCGAAUCAAUUGGAUGGCUCUUUUGCUCCAAUGACUUUCCAUUUCCGAUCCAUGACAUCAGCGCUUAUAGCUAAUAUCGAUGAAAAGUCGAAGUUAUACCGGGAUGUCGCGUUGCAGCAUUUCUUCCUCAUGAACAACGUUCAUUAUAUGGCACAAAAAGUCAAAAACUCGGAGCUUAGAGACAUAUUUGGAGACGAUUGGAUCAAAAGGCACAACGGGAAGUUCCAGCAGCAGGCGAUGAAUUACGAACGAGCAACCUGGAGUUCAAUUCUAUCGCUUCUAAGAGACGAUGGAAUUCAAAAUUCCGGCUCAAAUUCAAGCACGAAAAACAUCUUAAAAGAAAGAUUGAGAAACUUUUAUGCUGCGUUCGAGGAAGUUUACAGGAAUCAAACUGGUUGGUUGAUCAAAGAUUCUCAACUUCAGGAAGAUUUACGAAUUUCAACGUCGCUUAAGGUGAUCCAAGCAUAUCGAACAUUCGUGGGGCGACACAGCAAUGAAAUCAGCGACAAGUACAUUAAGUACACUGCUGAUGAUUUGGAGAAUCAUAUAUUGGAUUUGUUUAGUGGAUCACAAAGAUCAUUGAAUAAUAUUUACAGAAAAUGAUGUGUUGAAUGAUAUAGAAUGUAUGUAUGAAUUUGGAACUAUAAUAUUCGAUGUAUUCUCGUUGUUUUGUUACGAGUAGAUAUUGUUGCAGAUAACGAAACGAUUUGGAUGUC